AUGGAAGACAUUAAUUAUAAAAGUAAUAGCUAUAUCUAACUUUAAGUUGUAUUAUUGGGGGAUGCAGGAGUUGGAAAAACCUAUAUAUUGAAUCAGUAUGUGAGAGGUCAGCAACCAAGGAACAAUUUGCCCACAAUUGGUAUCGAAUUCGCAACGAAAACUGUGACAUUGCAGGAUGGAGGAAAGAUUUAGGUUUAAAUUUGGGAUACAGCUGGAUAAGAGAGAUACAGAGCUAUUACAACCAAUCAUUUUCGAGGGGCAGGAGGUGCUUUGUUGGUUUAUGAUAUAACUAAAGAAAAAACAUUUGAAAAUUUAACAAGAUGGAUGGAAGAACUUAAAACAGCAGCCAACAAAGAUGUCGUCAUGUAUCUGGUUGGUAAUAAAACUGAUUUGGUUGAGAGAUAAAACAAUUCAAGGAAAGUCACAAGGGAAGAAGGGUAAUAAUUCGCAGGCGAAAAUGGAUUAUUCUUUGAAGAGACUUCUGCUUACAGAGGAACCAAUAUUGCACAAUGCUUUGAAAAACUAAUUGAAGAGAUGUAUAAAAAGAAAAAUUUAUUAGUAACUCAAUAAUAAUAAUAAGAAUGGAAUGCAUAAUUGAAAGUAAUCGAAGCUCCUAUGUGCAGUAAAUGCUGA